UUCAACGUUCACUUUCAAUAUGAAACAAGUAGUUUUGGUAGCAAUCCUCUUUGGUUUCGCGGCCUGCGGUCGUCUCGACAGUCAGUACCUUCCACCAAACCAAGGAGGAUCAUCUGGACAAUAUUCUGGAGCUGGUCAGUACCAAGGAUCAUCAGCAGCCGGUCAGUACUCUGCACCAGGGGCUGGAGGUCACUAUUCCGCACCAGCUGCCAACCAAGUCCCCAUCCUCCGCUUGGACAACAACCCAAACGCUGGAGAUGGUUCCUACAGCUACGCUUACGAAACUGCUGAUGGUAUCGCCGCUCAGGAAGAAGGUUCUUUAAGAGGAGAAGCUCAACUCGCCCACGGAAGCUACUCUUACACUUCCCCCGAAGGAGAACAAAUUUCCAUCCAGUACACCGCCGACGAAAACGGUUUCCAACCCCAAGGCUCCCACCUCCCUACCCCACCACCAAUCCCAGAGGAAAUCCUCAAGUCUAUCGAAUUCAAUCAAGCUGAGGCAGCGCGUGGUGGAUACCAAGAAGGCCAGUACAACGAACCCCAACAGCAAUACGGUGCUCCAGCGCCCCAGCAGCAAUACGGUGCCCCCGCUGGUCCUCAACAGCAACACGGUGCUCCAGCACCCCAGCAGCAAUACGGUGCCCCCGCUGCUCCUCAACAGCAGUACGGCGCUCCAGCUGCUCCUCAGCAACAAUACGGAACACCUGCAGCUCCUCAGUACAGAGCACCUGCUCAAUCUCAGCAGCAAUACAGAUCUCCAGUUUCCUCUCAAGGGGGACAGGGAGGUUAUAGAUAUUAAGAAAGACUUGUUUUACUUGUGACUGCAUCAGUUGUAAAUACACCUUAUUUAUGAUUUUAUAAA